AUGGACUAUGGAACACGCAGCAUCUCCAAAAUGAGAGGUCUGUGGCUCGGAGUCGUGUUUCUGACUCUGCUAUGCCGUUUGAGUUUUUCUCAGACAGCAACCACACCAUCACCCAAAGAAAGUGAACUGAAUGAUAACAUCACCGUAUUCACCCGGAUAUUAGAUGGAUUACUGGAUGGCUACGACAACCGACUUCGCCCUGGUUUGGGAGAGACGGUGACUGAGAUCAAGACAAAUAUUUUUGUCACAAGCUUUGGCCCCGUGUCUGACACUGAAAUGGAGUACACAAUAGACGUGUUCUUCCGCCAGAGCUGGAAGGACGAGCGUUUGCGCUUCAAAGGGCCCAUGGAUACACUGCCGCUGAACAACCUGCUGGCCAGCAACAUCUGGACACCUGACACCUUCUUCCUGAACGGCAAGAAGUCUGUAGCACACAACAUGACCACCCCCAACAAGCUCCUGCGGCUAAAGGAAGAUGGCACCCUUCUCUACACCAUGAGGUUGACCAUAUCAGCAGAAUGCCCCAUGCAGUUGGAGGACUUCCCUAUGGAUGCACACGCCUGCCCUCUCAAGUUUGGAAGCUACGCCUACCCCAUGUCGGAGGUGGUGUAUGUGUGGACGAGUGGGGCGGCCAAAUCGGUGGUGGUGGCGGAGGAUGGCUCGCGGCUCAACCAGUACCAUCUGACCGGACAGACUGCCGGCUCCGAGGAGAUCUCCACCAGCCGAGGUCAGUACACAGUCAUGAUGUGUCACUUCUACCUGAAGCGCAAGAUUGGCUACUUCGUGAUCCAGACCUACAUGCCGUGCUUCAUGACCGUCAUCCUCUCCCAGGUCUCCUUUUGGCUCAACCGGGAGUCCGUGCCUGCCAGGACUGUCUUUGGAGUGACCACUGUACUGACCAUGACCACGCUGAGCAUCAGUGCCCGUAACUCGCUGCCCAAAGUGGCCUAUGCCACCGCCAUGGACUGGUUCAUCGCUGUGUGCUACGCAUUCGUCUUCUCCGCGCUUAUCGAGUUCGCCACCGUGAACUACUUCACCAAGAGGAGCUGGGCCUGGGAUGGCAAGAAGGCUAUGGAGGCCCAACAGCCUAAGAGAAAGGACCCUCUGGCGCUCUCCAAGAAGCCCAACAACACCUGCUCGGCCGGGGUGAACUACGCCCCCAACCUGACCAAGGACACGGCCAUCGCCACCAUCUCCAACAGUACCGCCGUGCAGCUGAAGAGCGGCGAGCCCAAGCCGGCCAUCGACCCCAAAAAGACUUACAACAGCGUCAGCAAGAUCGACAAGAUGUCCCGGAUAGUCUUUCCUGUCCUCUUCGGGACAUUUAACCUGGUCUAUUGGGCCACCUAUCUGAACCGGGAAGUCAUCAAGGACCCCAUCUCUCCCACAUAA